AAGGCGAUCUUUCAGUGAGCCUCUUGCAGGCGCUGCGACUCUGCCCGUGAAGCCCACGGGCCCGCGCCGCUCACGCGCAGCCGUGGGGGACAGGGAGUGAGGGGCCGGUGCCGUAAAGCGCGGACGAUGUCGGGGCGGGCGGGCCCCGUGGCGCCGCCGCCGUUCGAGAAGCGGGUCCUGGUGACGGGCGGCGCCGGCUUCAUUGCUUCACAUGUAGUCGUCUCUCUUGUGAAAAACUAUCCAAACUAUCUGAUUAUAAAUCUGGAUAAGCUCGACUACUGUGCAAGCUUGAAGAAUCUUGAAACUGUCUCUGGGAAGGAAAACUACAAGUUUAUCCAGGGGGAUAUUUGUGAACCUGAUUUUAUAAAGCAGCUCUUUGAAACUGAGAAAAUAGAUAUAGUGCUUCAUUUUGCAGCCCAAACACAUGUAGAUCUUUCAUUUUGGCAUGCCCUGGAAUUCACCUACGUGAAUGUUUAUGGCACCAAUGUGCUGGUUGCUGCUGCACAUGAAGCCAAUGUGGAGAAAUUUGUCUAUGUUAGUACAGAUGAAGUAUAUGGAGGUAGCACUGAUGAGGAAUUUGAUGAAUCCUCACCAAAACGUCCAACCAAUCCCUAUGCCUCCUCUAAAGCAGCUGCAGAGUGUUUUGUGCAGUCUUACUGGGAAAGGUACCAAUUCCCAGUUGUCAUCACACGGAGCAGUAAUGUUUAUGGACCACAUCAGUAUCCAGAAAAGGUUAUUCCAAAGUUUAUAUCUUUGUUGCAACAGAACAGAAAAUGCUGUAUUCAUGGUUCUGGACUUCAGAGAAGGAAUUUCCUUUAUGCAACUGAUGUAGUAGAAGCAUUCCUUACUGUCCUGAAGGAGGGGAAACCAGGUGAAAUUUAUAACAUUGGAACUAACUUUGAGAUGUCCAUUGCCCAGCUUGCUAAGGAGCUAAUUCAUUUAAUAAAGAAGACCAGUUCAGAGUCUGAAAUGGAACACUGGAUGGAUUAUGUCAAAGACAGGCCUACAAAUGACCUCAGAUACCCAAUGAGUUCAGAAAAAAUGCACAAUUUAGGCUGGAGACCCAAAGUGCCUUGGAAAGAAGGAAUAAUGAAAACAAUUGAAUGGUACAGAGACAAUUUCCACAACUGGAAAAACUCAGAGAAAGCUUUGGAGCCCUUUCCUGUGACAGACCCAUUUGCCCAGCUCAGUGGUCCAUAGCCUGGCACAGAACCUGAAGGAGUUUCUUCUACCUCAUAUGGUCUUUUCUUCAAAGCCUGCAAUCAAGUGGCCACGCUGCGCUCUUAAUGUAUUCAAGAUACAUGAACCAUGAUGAGUAAAGAACCACAGUGUGGCACAGCUUUGGAAUGGUUUCAGCACUUUAUAGGUUGAACCUCUUAGUUUCAGCUUUCGGUGCAAUACUCUAUUCUCACAAAGUAUUGAUUUUAAAAAACUGUAUGGAGUGAAGAAUAUUUAUAAUGUUAUAAAUUAAUGUACUGAAGUAAAAUCUGCCUUAUUAAGAAUAAUUAACUGUGAUUGCAGCUUUUGAGACUUGGAGUUAAAUUUGUUUUAGUACUGGAAUUAUUCAUCUGUAUUAGUUUGUUUUUACAGUGUAAUAUAUAUAUAAUUUUUGUCACUUCGAAGAAUUGGGUUUUAUUUUUAAUCAAGGGGAGAAAUUACCUAUUUUUUGGAGACUAUAAAUUGACAAAAGCUGGACACAGCACCUGUGUGGUUCCGUCCAUUUCUCUGCUGGUGCACUUUUAGCUUUUGUAGUUGACUGAUUACACUUACCUACACUAUAACUUUAAAUGCCCCUUUUAAGGGGAACAAGGGGGGAAUGAUGUCGAGAAGUAGUAGGUGCUCUCGCUGAGAUUUCCAGAAGUAUUUCCUUAAACUUUGUACUCCUUUGACUGUAUUACUGUCUAUUACAUGUUAACUCCUUUUUCUUAGUUGUAAUUGUAACAAACUUGAAAUACUGGAAUACAGUUAACAUUCCAAUGAUCUUAUUUCCUGUGAUAUGAAGGCUACUUAUGGAGGAAAUUUUUUAAAACUCUUCAUUUUCUGUGAAUUGUGGGUUGGCAGACCUUAAUCAAUGCAGUGUAUCAGCAUUUUUUCUAUAAUAAACAUUUGAAAG